AUGUUCCUUUCUCACCAUGUCUGGCUGCUAGCUGGACUCAUCCCCAGUCUUGCUUUGGCCCAGACAGCAAACUUGGAUAUAUGGGAGGUUCACGAAAGCUGCAAAGCUGAGGGACCUCACGUCCAAGAGUCUAUGGACAUGGCACUGGAGAUGGCAAUAGCAGCUAAGGAGAGUCUCGACUUCCUUGCCGGGCCAAUACCAACAAGCAACGAUGGGCCAACUGGCCGCCUGAGGUAUAACACUGUCUACAAGACUGUUGAUGCGGUAUUUGGCCUAAAUCCCAAGUCAGAGGGCUACAAUGACAAGAUCGGCCAAGUCAAAGCUCUGUUUAACAAGAUGGUCACCGUCAUGCCCUCUAAUGAAAAUGACCCCGUACAUGGGUAUAGUACCAGACUAAACUCGCGAAAUCUCGAACACAAGGCGAUGUUGUUGUGUACCGACAAACCGGGCGACAAUAGCUGGAAGUGGUACGGAUUAGAAGACAAGGUUCCUGGUAUGGAUCAUAAAAUGAACCAGCACCAGGACUUUAGAGAGAUGGGCAUCCUCAACGUCGUUGAAGGCGCUUGGGUUUAUGAGCAUCGAUUCGCCUGGAAGGAGGCGGAAAAGGAAGAACCCGUCCUUCUUACAGAUGGCAUGCUCGCUGCUGUCUAUGCUGACAAGGAUAUGGUUAUCUUUGGUGACAAGCUAUUCGCAGAUCCAUGGAGGAGCAACCCGUCCCCCAAAGCCCUCAAAUCUUCUGGCAUCUCUGUGGGCGAUGCCAUUGGCAAACACUCGAGCCAUCUUUCCGUCGUCAUGGUUCAUGAGCUGGCGCACUGGUUUGGUGGUCGAGACAAUUACGGCAAGCUAAACAUUGCUGACCACACUGCUGUCACCAAGGCAGGCAAGCUGCUGUACGACAACAAUGGAGCCGUGGAAGAACACAAGACACCACCCACUGGUGAUACUUACCACCGUCUCAAAACUUAUGGCCGAGAACUCAUCUGGAAUUUGGCUCGUCCUCACAAAACGUACCCUGACAACAGUGGUCCAGCAAAGGCAAUCACCAACGCCGACUCAUACUCAGUCUUUGCCCUCAUGAUGUACCUUGAUGCAUGGGACUGGUCUAGUGGUGGUAAUGCAAAGGUUCCCGGAACUAAGAGAAAGGAUCCUCCUGCGCCUUAA